UCCCCUCUCUCCCCUGCUCACCCACCCCCUCCCUGGCCGACCAGGCCCUCUCCAGGCUGAACUGCCCCGCCUCCUCCGAGCCGACCAAUCACAGAGAAAGUCCACCCAUGGAUACUUGUGACCUCAGUCUCGUGGCUCUGGAGGUGGACAGUGAGGAGGACGAGUCGCUGCUCUCGCCCGUCGAGAAAAGUGACGACGGAGGGGAAGUCCUUGGCCCCGCCCCCGAGCUCACGGGCACUCGCAGCCUGUCGGCCUCCUCGGCGCGUGAACCCGGCGCUAAAGAAACGGGCGCCCAGGGGAUCCGACUGCGCUCGUAUUCCUACUCUUCGCCCAAAAUCAGCCUGCGUCCGGCUCGUUUAACCCGGGACCAGCACGCUGCAGACCUCAGCCCUGAUGGCGUCCUCCACGGCGUCAGCCACAGCCGGUCUCUGCUUCAGGCCCUCUCUCUGUCUAAGUCUCUGUCUCUUCUCUACCCUGGUAAGCAAAGAGCCUCCAGCAUAUCGGAGCAGUCGCAUGAGAAAAGGAUCGAAGAAGAGGAGCUGGACAAGUACAACAUCCCGACGAAGGCGGAGUCGGAGAAGUACAAAGUCAUCCGCACCUUCAGCUUCCUCAAGAGCCGGAUGUCCAGCACGCGCAACAAGACCAAGGGGAAGGGGAAGGACCGGGAGGCCAAGGACCGGGAGGCCAAGGACCGGCCGGCCGGCGGCCACCGGUUCAACACGGGCUCCUGCCUGGGCCCCACGGUGUGCGUCGUGUGUGAGAAACCGGCCUCUGGGAAGGACCUGCUGCAUUGCUCCAGUUGCACCACAAUCGUCCAUAAGGGCUGCAAGGAAUCGGUGCCCCCAUGUGUGAAGAAACUUCAGGAUAAAUACGGCGUCACCGCGGUGAAGAACAAGACGGCGUCCCUCCCGCAGAACUUCAUCGUGAGAGACCGUCCUCCUCAGGCCUCGACCUCUCUGGACACGCCCACUUUGCCCCCCGGCGGUGACAGUCGGCUCGGUGAGAGCUCAGAGACGGAGUGCGAUGCCUGGAAGCUCGGCGGGCGGCCGGAGGAGCCGCCGGCGACCUCCACGGACUCGACCUUCGGAGAAGACUGCGCGGAUGCCGCCGCCGCCGCGUGUAUCCACGGCGACGACGCGGCCGACGCCGUGGACUUCGAGGCCGAGUCGUGGAGCCUGACCGUGGAGCACAAGUUCUGCAAGAAGCAGGACAAGCGGGCGGUCAAGAGGCAGGAUGUGAUCUACGAGCUGAUGCAGACCGAGCUCCACCACCUGCAGACGCUGCACAUCAUGGCCGAGGUGUUCCGGAGAGGCAUGAGGGAGGAGGUGCAGCUGGACCCCGAGGCCCUGGAGCGGGUCUUCCCCUGUCUGGACCAGCUGCUGGUCUCCCACCGCGCCUUCUUCGCCGCCAUGAAGGAGCGGCGGCACGGCUCCGCCCAGCCACAGGGACAAGGCUCCGCCCACUCCCAGGGACAAGGCUCCGCCCACUCCCAGGGACAAGGCUCCGCCCACUCCCAGGGACACGGCAACUACCUCAUCCAGCGAAUCGGAGACGUCCUGCUCCAACAGUUUUCAGAUGAGAAUAGUGAUAAAAUGAAGCAGCUGUACGGUGAAUUCUGCAGUCGUCACAACGAAGCGGUGAACUUCUUCAAAGAGCUCCAGCAGCACAACAAGCGGUUCCAGAUCUUCAUCAGGCAACAAGGUAAUAAUUUGUUGGUGCGCCGGAGGGAGAUCCCAGAAUGCAUCUUGCUGGUCACCCAGAGGAUCACAAAGUACCCGGUGCUGCUGGAGAGGAUCUUACAAUACACUCAAGAGGACACGGCGGAGCACGCCGACCUCUCCAGAGCGCUGGCUCGGAUCCGGGAGGUGAUCGCGGCCGUGGACCUGAGCGUCAGCGAGUACGAGCGGCGCCGGAGGUUGCAGGAGGUGUGCAGCCGCAUGGAGAACCGCAGCGCGGCCAAGCUGAAGAACGGCCACGCCUUCCGCAAACAGGACAUGAUGGGCCCGGACCAGAGGCUCAAACACCAGGGCCCCCUCCUGUGGAAGACCGCCACGGGUCGACUCAAAGAUGUCCUGGCGCUCCUUCUCACGGAUGCUCUCAUCUUCCUGCAAGAAAAAGACCAGAAGUACACGUUUGCUGCAGUGGACCAGAAGCCUCCCGUGGUCGCGCUGCAGAAGCUGAUCGUACGAGAAGUGGCCAAUGAGGAGCGAGGGAUGUUUCUGAUCAGCGCCUCGGCCGCCGGCCCCGAAAUGUACGAGGUGCACACGGCGUCCAAGGAGGAGAGGAACACCUGGAUGAGGCUCAUUCGAGAGGCCGUGGAGAGCUGUCCGGAGGAAGAAGAAGAAUCCACGAGUGAAUCUGAGGAGGAGAGGCGAGCUGCCGAGGCUCGCGUCCAGAAGAUCCAGAAGCUACAAGAGAGCCUGCUGAUCCAGGACCAGCGGAUCUGCUGCGGCCUGGAGGAGAAGCUGCAGGUGUAUGCGGCGCUGAGCGGGAGGACGGGCGCGGCGCCGGUCGACCCGCGGCUGCUCGUCCAGCCGCUCUCGGAGGAGCCGGCCCAGGCGGCCGGGCUGCUGUCUGCGGCGCUGCAGGAGGCUGAGAACCUGAAGGCCACGCUGUCGUCUCAGGCCUGUUCUCCAUCGACUCGCAGCCCGGACCCCGACUCAGACCCGGAGGCCCGUGAGGGGGUCUGGACUGAGACCCCCGUGCUCCGGUCCCCAUCCCUCCUGCUCCAAACAGACAGGAAUGACAUUGACUUCAAGGUGGCUCAAAGCGUGCAGAGCUUGACCCAGUUGCUCUACAGUCUGCAGGCCACCGUCACCAUCCAGGACAGCUGCUACGAGGUCCAGAGGCUCCUCCUCCGGGAGGCCGGCCGCCCCUCCCCCCGCACCCGGCGGUCGCCGCACCUCCCCAGCGUCCGGGGCAACACCUUGCAAGAGCAGGAGAAGCAGCGCAACCUGGAGAAGCGGAAGGAGGAGGCGGCGGCGGCGCGGCGGCUCCAGGAACGACUGCGCCAGGAGAAGGAGCGCUGGGAGAGGGCGUGCCACGCCAGGGAGAGCCAGCAGGGGGAGCAGGAGAGCCGGCUGGAGGAGAGGGAGCGGCGCUGCCACCUGGAGACGGAGAGGCUGAGGCGCCAGAGGGAGGAGCUGGACGAGCAGCUGGAGGAGUACCAGCAGAGCCUGGAGCGGCUCCGGGAGGGCCAGAGGAACGUGGAGAGGGAGCGCGAGCGCCUGGAGAACCAGCAGAAGCUGCUCCAGACCUGGAGGCACAGCCGGCAGAGGAGUCUGCCCACUGCCAUCCCUCACAUGGUCAUCCCUCUGGACCGGCCGCCGGGGUCCCGAGGCCUCGCCGGCAACGGCUCCGUGUUCGUGAACGAAGCGGCGUGCGCCGGCGUCAACAACCGGCACGUCCACCACAAGAGAAACGACCCCAGCGCGCACAACUGUCUCAACGCCCUGCUGGCGAGAUCCAACAGCAGACGGACCCCCGCGGCCAAGACCCCCCCCCACGGUCCACAGGCGGACCCCCAGGGGUGGAUGACGGGGACCGGAUGCCUCUACGGCCCCGCAGGGCGGCUGGAGCCGCAGCACGCGCCCGGCGAUGUUGACAGUCGCGGGUACAUCGGGGACAGCCGGUCGCCUCAUCCCGGUGGCCCUCAGCUGGACCUCGGCGCUCUGGUUUCCGUGGAGACGGACAGCGGCGGCGAGGAGGAGGGAGGCGAAGAAACCAUUGUGUACCUCUGAAUGGGGAUAUUCAUAUUUAGACUCUGAAAGCAGCCGAUCCAGCACUCGGGGAAAAAAGAUAAAGAAUAAAGAUAAAGAUAAAGACAUUUCUGAAGCAACAGGAUCGGAUCGAGGGAUCGAGGGAGACUUCAGAAGGCGUUCUUUGGUCAUCUCUUUUUUCUUUUCCAUAUGUCGUGGUCUAAGUUGCUCUGUGAAGCGUUGCCUGGAGCAUAGACGCACCUGUGUGAGCAG